CAAUGGGCUACUUUUGCCAAAGCCUGGUAUCUCCUCGAUGCAAGGUUGCAGCCUCCAGGAAAAAUAGCAGCUGAGACUGUAAUCAGACUUGAGGGCAGACAUAAGCCUAUUUAUCAUGCACUAAGUGACUGUGGAGAUCAUGUUGUCAUAAUAAAUACAAGACAUAUUGCCUUCUCUGGUAACAAAUGGGAACAGAAAGUAUAUUCUUCACAUACUGGCUAUCCUGGUGGUUUCAAACAAGUGACAGCAACUCAGCUCCAUUUGAAGGAUCCAACUGCUAUUGUUAAACUGACUGUGUAUAGGAUGCUUCCAAAAAACCUUCAGAGAAGAACUAUGAUGCAGAGGUUACACCUGUUCCCAGAAGAUGUUAUUCCAGAAGAUAUACAGAAGAACCUUCUACAGGAGAUUCCUCAGCCACGCGCAAUCCCCAAGAGGUUGGACGAAUAUACACCAGAAGAAAUCGCUGCCUUUCCGAAGGUUUGGACUCCUUACCCAGAAUAUUUCUGGGAUGUAGUAACAGAGCUGAAGAAGAAGCCAGAGAUACGCUGGAUAUAUGGUUGA